AUGGCCAAAGACAGCCACCGGUCUUCAGUCCUCUUUGAGAGUCCUGACAAGAGCAUUAUUGUUAUCGAUAUCCCCACGUCAUUAGAAGAAAGCCAGGUUCUCCCGUCCCAGAUCCCCCGCCGCCGCAUCGUCUCCGCAGAACCCCCCGCAACUCCGUAUCCCACCCCGGAGCCCCGGUAUGGAAGAGACGAUCACUCGGCACUUGCCUCGCCUGCUGCCCAGUUGGCUCAGCUUAUGACCGCUGCAACAGUCAGCAGCGCCUUAGAGGACCUUAGCAGCUCAUAUUCGUAUUCCGGUCCCUUUCAUCGGGAUCGCCUUAUUCAGCCACAAUCGCCUCCGCCUGUAUCCGCUCUGCCGCCUUUACUUCCAGACAAAGCCGAACCUUUACACGGCUCUAUUGAAGCUCUGUGUGAUUCUUUUCAUACCUUGGCCCCCAAAUUUGACCUUGUUGUUUUAGAUCCUCCAUGGCCAAAUCGGUCUGUAAGGAGGAAGAAGGACAAAUAUGAUACUGUCUUCAAUUUGACUGAGAUGAGCAAUCUCUUGCUACAGAUUCCUUUGGCAUCUCAUCUUGCACCUGACGGACUCGUCGCCGUCUGGAUCACUAACAAACCCAGUAUCCACGACUUUCUGACAUCUUCCACAGGCCUGUUUGCUGCUUGGGGCCUCGAGCUCGUGACCGAGUGGACGUGGCUCAAGGUUGCUGCAUCAGGUGAACCGCUAUAUGAUAUCGAGUCUACAUGGAGAAAGCCAUGGGAGAAGCUCAUCAUAGCAAAGCGCAUCGGCAGCAAGAAGCCAGAUGCCCUUAAGCCCAAAGUUAUCAUGGCAGUGCCAGAUGUGCAUUCGCGAAAGCCGAAUCUUCGAGAUCUGUUCCAAGAUGUCCUCGAAAAAGAAUGCAUUGGACUUGAGAUCUUUGCUCGUAACUUGACUGCUGGUUGGUGGAGUUGGGGAAAUGAGGUCUUACGCUUCCAACAGCCCGAACACUGGAAAGAUAUAGAAUGA